AUGGUAAUGACCAAGUCCUCUGAGGCUUCUAUCGGACGUAUUCAUAAGGUCGCCGGUCCUUUGGUCGUGGCUGAUAACAUGUCCGGUUCUAAGAUGUACGAAGUGGUUCGUGUUGGUUGGGAGAAUCUUGUCGGAGAGAUUAUCAAGAUUGAGGGAGAUACUGCCUCAAUUCAGGUUUAUGAAGAUACUGCUGGUUUAACUGUUGGUGAUCCGGUUAUCAAGACUGGUAAACCUCUUGCUCUUGAGCUAGGACCUGGUAUUCUUAAUAAUAUCUUUGAUGGUAUUCAACGUCCUCUAGAGCGUAUUCGUGAUUUAUCCAAAUCAUUGUUCAUUCCUCGUGGUGUCGAUGUUGCUGCUCUUGAUGGCGAUAAACUCUAUGAGUUUAAACCAGCUGCUAACGUACGUGUUGGUGAUAUCGUAACUGGUGGUGAUAUUAUUGGUUUUGUUAUUGAGAAUGGUUUAUUCAGUAACCAUAAGGUUAUGGUACCUCCUGGAAAUCAAGGACGUGUACAAUGGAUUGCCCCUAAUGGUAAUUACUCUGUUCAUACUUGUUUAAUGGAGAUUGAGUCCAACAGUAGCAGCCUUGGAGGAA